UGACGGGUCGGAGUUCAAAGUCACGCAGUGCGGCUGCAUCAUGGCGGUGCAGUUGGGACGCAGAGUCCUGUGGACGGCGCUCCGCCAGCAGGCACCGGGCCGGGCGGCGGGCGGCCUCCCCGCCCGGGACCGGGCCGUGUGGUGCGGGGCGGCGCCGCAGUGCUCCCGCCUCGGCGUCGUCGCCACGCGGCGCUACAGCUCCGACCACAAGGAGGACCUGCGCGUCCGGUACCUGGACGGAGAAGACUCCGGGAUCGUUGUUGUUGGGAUGAAUCGACCAAAAGCCAAAAAUGCCAUCAGCAGAAAUCUGGUUAAACUGUUGUUCGAGGCCGUGGAGGACAUCAAGAAGAACAACCGCGUGCGCAGCGUCAUCUUCUGCAGUCUGGUUCCGGGGAUCUUCUGUGCAGGUGCAGACCUGAAGGAACGGACCAAGAUGCAGCCCAGCGAGGUGGGUCCGUUCGUGUCGAAGGCCAGAGCCCUGAUCUCAGAGAUGGGGAACCUGCCCGUGCCGACCAUCGCGGCCAUCGACGGAGCCGCUUUAGGAGGAGGUCUGGAAAUGGCGCUCUCCUGCGACAUCAGGAUUUCUUCCAAUGACGCAAAGAUGGGUCUUGUGGAGACUCGACUGGCCAUCAUUCCUGGAGGAGGAGGCACGCAGCGCCUCCCGCGGGCGAUCGGCGUCUCCCAGGCGAAGGAGCUGAUCUUCUCGGCGCGGGUGGUGCAGGGGGCGGAGGCGUGCCGCCUGGGGCUGGUCAACCACUCGGUGGAGCAGAACGAGAGCGGAGACGCCGCCUACCUGCGUGCUCUGGAGCUGGCCCGGGAGAUCAACCCUCAGGGUCCCAUCGCGGUCAGGAUGGCGAAGCUGGCCAUCAACCAGGGCAUUGAGGUGGAUUUGGUUACAGGUCUGGCCAUAGAGGAGGCGUGCUACGCCCAGGUGAUUCCCACUAAGGACCGUCUGGAGGGCCUGGCCGCCUUCAAGGAGAAGCGGCGUCCCAACUACAAAGGGGAGUGAAGGGCAGCCGCUCCAUCAACGCAUCAACCCGAGGGACGGCGGCGUGACGGCGGCUGCGGCACGCCGGGCGCCACCACGGACCGGCGGAGUCUACUAACCGUUCACCGAGAAACCAAGACACUAACCAAGCAUCGGCCUCGGCCCGCAGGGUCCCAGCAACCCCCUGGAGGCCAUCAACCAUGACGUAGAAAACCAACGAUAGAGGACAUAGAGAGUGUCCUGCACACGAUCGACCAACCUACAGGUUUAUUAGUAUCCUGCUACUGCAUGACAUCACCCAUCAGGUUUAUUUUUCUUUUCUUCACUUGAAUAAAAUGGUUUGGAUUUGC